AUGGGUUGCUUCUUUAGUGCUCCUCCAAAGAUCAAAGCCGAGAGCCCUCCACGUAAUGGUUUGAAUUCAAAAGAUGGUGGCAAAGAAGAGAAUGAUCUAAGUGUGACGGUGUUCUCUUCAUCUAUGCUUCUAACUCCUCAGAAUGAGGUUGAGAUAUUGGAAGCCAGCAAUUUGAAGGAUUUUGCAUUCAAUGAGCUAAGAACUGCUACAAGGAACUUUCGUCCAGAUAGUAUGGUAGGUGAAGGUGGGUUUGGUAGUGUGUUCAAAGGGUGGAUUGAUGAGCAGACACUUGCCCCGACUAAAGCAGGCACAGGAAUGGUCAUUGCUGUCAAGAGGCUUAACCAAGAAAGCAACCAGGGACACAUUGAAUGGUUGACAGAAAUCAACUACCUGGGGCAGCUCAGUCAUCCUAAUCUUGUGAAGCUAAUUGGUUAUUCAUUGGAGGAUGAUCACCGGAUUCUAGUGUAUGAAUUUGUGGCCAAAGGUAGCUUGGAUAAUCACUUGUUUAGGAGGGCCUCUUACAUUGAACCGCUCUCUUGGAACAUCCGUAUGAAGAUUGCUCUUGAUGCUGCCAAAGGCCUUGCAUUUCUUCACAGUGAUGAAGUAGAUGUAAUAUUCAGGGACUUCAAAACUUCUAAUAUCUUACUUGAUUCUAAUUAUAAUGCAAAACUCUCUGAUUUUGGAUUGGCAAAAAAUGGACCAGAAGGUGACAAGAGUCAUGUUUCUACAAGAGUGAUGGGCACCUUUGGCUACGCUGCUCCUGAGUACAUUGCCACAGGUCAUCUAACGAAAAGGAGUGACAUAUACAGUUUUGGGGUUGUUCUUCUGGAACUUAUGUCAGGAAAACGUGCAUUGGACAACAACAGGCCAAGUGGGGAACAUAAUCUAGUUGAAUGGGCGAAACCACUUCUGAUAAACAAACACAAGAUCUCCCAAGUGAUGGACGCACGUAUAGAAGGGCAAUACUCAAAGCGAGAAGCAAAGAGAAUAGCUCACCUUGCAAUUCAAUGCCUCUCCACAGAUCCAAAACUUAGACCAAACAUGGGUGGUGUGGUGAGAUCAUUGGAACAUCUUCAGGAUUCCAAUGACACACAAAUAAAUGGUCAUAGCUCAAGCAGCGGUGGCACUCCUAUUUCUAGCUUGUCUCCUUCUCCUCUUCGUACAUAG